UUGGUGAUUUAAUAAAUGCACAGUCGGAAGCUCAAAAUCGAUUUUGCCGAAGAUUUGGGGGAUAUUGAACACACAUUAGAUGAAGAAUUUAAAACUGAUUUGGAUACUCUUUCUAGCGAACUUCGACAUUUUAUUAGAUCUGCUAAUAGAGGCCAAUUAAUUCGGUCAGGAAUGAGUGUAGCUUUGAUAGGAAGACCUAAUGUUGGCAAGAGCAGUUUAAUGAAUAGAUUGGCAGAAAGAGACAUAGCUAUUACCUCAAAUAUUAGUGGAACAACUCGUGACUGUCUAGAAGCACGUCUUCACCUUGGAAAGCAGUUAGUCACCGUUAUAGACACCGCUGGUAUUCGAACAGAUUCAAACGAUCCUUUGGAAGUUGAAGGAAUUCGGAGAACGUUGAGAAGAGCUUCUGAAGCACAUUUAAUUAUUUUGGUAUUGGAUGUUUAUCAAAUGGAAAAAUUGAAAGAAGAAAAAAAUAUAAGGAAGGAAAUGGAGUUUUUACUUGAAGAGUUUUCUUAUAAACCUGAAGAACAAUUUUUAAUUGUUUGCUUGAAUAAGACUGAUUUGUUGAAAGAAGAUAUGGAUAGAAGAAAAUGGUUGGAACAAUGCCUUAAUCCUGGUGGAAAUUUAAAACUAGUUUGGACCUGUUGUAUUCAAGAAAAUGGUCUAGAUUCUCUUUUACAAACAAUUUCCUCAAUUUUAACAAAAUUGGGCAACAACGACCUUGAAGGGAACGAGCCUUUUCUUUCUCGUGAGCGUCACAUUCAGUGUCUAGAAAUGGCUUUAGAAAAUUUGGAGGGUGCAAGGAAUGCUUUAAUUAAAUGGAAUGACCCAGCAAUGGCUGCUUUUUUUAUUGAUAAAUGUUUUGAAUCUGUUGGGGAAAUUGCUGGUUUUAUUGUGCCGGAACAAGUUUUGGACAGCAUUUUUAGUCAAUUUUGUAUAGGAAAAUAAUUUGUUAAAAAUUACAUAUCU